AUUUUUAACGUUAUUGUGUGUGUGAACCAUUGGUGUUAGCCUGCGUUAGCUUGCCAAUUCACUAUCAGUGCUCUUCAUGUCUGUAUCUAUAGAGAAGCCGCCACAGAAUCUGUCGCAAUAUAACAUUGGCUGUCAACUGUAUUAGCUUUGAAAAUGGUUAGCCUUAGCUUGACAGCGUUAUGUUAGCCUUUAGCCAAUAAUAUGUGGCCCCCAUCAGACUGACAACACACCGUGAGUGGUGAGAGAGGACAUUUAUACAUUAAGGAAACGCUUCUAUGGAAAGACACUUUAUUUCUUCAUGUUUUAGCUGCUACAGACUGUUCUCUGAUUGGCCACCCUGUUACCAUCCGGAACAUGGUAGAGGGCGGGGCUUCACACACAGCUGAUCGAGGAACAACAAGCGUGCUGUCCAGGCACAUGCAGGGAUGGGGGCUGGGAGCAUCCAGUCCAUGGCAGGGACAGGUCUACUCACUAUGGCACCGUAUGAAGGAGGUGUGUGGAAGGUUCGGGUGGACCUGCCAGAUAAAUAUCCCUUCAAAUCACCAUCAAUAGGGUUCAUGAAUAAAAUCUUUCAUCCCAACAUUGAUGAAGCGUCAGGAACUGUGUGUUUAGAUGUCAUCAACCAGACAUGGACAGCUCUCUAUGACCUCACCAACAUCUUUGAGUCCUUCCUCCCUCAACUGCUUGCCUACCCCAACCCUAUUGACCCUCUGAAUGGGGACGCAGCCGCUAUGUACCUGCACCGACCAGAGGAUUAUAAACACAAGAUCAAAGAGUACAUCCAGAAGUAUGCCACAGAAGAGGCUCUGAAGGAGCAGGAGGAGGGAGGGGGUGACUCAUCUUCUGAGAGCUCCAUGUCAGACUUUUCAGAGGAUGAGGCUCAGGACAUGGAGUUGUAGUGAAGGGUGAGAUCCUGUCUCCCUUCACCUCACAACAGACCUAAAGAGCAAAAACUCAGUACUAUAUUCAUAUUUAAACAAGACAAUUUUUUUACAGAAACACAAGGAUUUUUAUUGCUACACAAGGAUUUGCAGUAUGAUAUUGCAGAAUAUUAAUCCUUAUUUAGGAAUUCGUGACCACCGGCCCUUCUUCACCCUGACAGAGCCUGUGUAGAUCAGAAGGCUCUCUCUCGCACUGCUUGAGUAAGUCUAAACUGAGCAGUGAGACCAGUGCAGGAGGCAGGAGGACAUCACUGAAACUAAACUGUUUACACUCAGUUUUAUAUUUGGACCCACAAGCUACACCUCACCACCUUCUCUGUUGUAACAAAUUGUUUUUUGUAGUCGUUAUUCAGCAUGUUACUGCAUCAUCGGGCGUCUUUUCCUUGCUGACAAAGACUGCAGGACAACAGUCCACGAAUUCUGAGCAGUCUCAACAUAAAAAGAGUGUGGACCCACCCCACCCCCAGUUUUUUUUUUUUUGUGUGUGUCACUUCUCAUUUUUUUGGACACAGUCAUCACUCGAGAAGCUGAAGGCCACAGUGCGGUCAUGUGUUCAUCACAUCCAGACUGAUGUGGCUCUCUGACAGGACUGCCCUCUGUGCAGACCAGCUGACACAUCACACUGCCCAGCAACCAAACGCAUCGACCAUGACAAAGCCACAGCAUGUGUGCACCCGCGUCUGUGUGCAUGCAUGAAUGUAACCCACGGAGAAUCAUGGUGUAUUGAUAAUCUGUGUCGUGCUGACCCCUGAUGCUCAGCAGAAGAGGAGGAGAAAGUUCACAGUCCUGAUUCUUCUCGUCUUCAGCACCCUCCUCCUCCUCUCUCCGUUUUAGGAAAGUGUUUGUCAUUCUCUGAGAAUCUUUGUAUAUUGUGGCAUGACACAGAAGUAAAGUUUGUGUAGGGCUUUGUGGAGCUGUAGAUGUGGAGAGGAAAUGUGUGUGCAGGGCCUCUGUGAGCCGGAUGGGAUUUGGUGGAAUUAUCCAGGUUCUUGUUGAAUUGUUGAACUUCUUAACUUUGCCUAUUGCUUGUGUUGAACUAUAAUAGGUGUUUGACUUGCGUAGGGAUAGUUAGUUUUUUGCAGAUGGUGAAUCCUAUCAUAAUGUAUGGUUUAAUGCUUAUAUAACACACUAGUUUAAAGACUAAUUGUCCUGUAGAGAUGAGGAGAAUUAAUGUCUUUGUCUGUGGGAUGACUCUUUGUUGAAUCAAAAUCCUGCAAAGAUACUGUAUGUUGCACCCCUGCACUCCCUUCUUAAGCAUCAGAGAUCAUUUAUGUUGCUAGACAGAAGUGCUCUUUGUUUCAGCCUUUCAACACUGUUGCAUUUACUUUUGUUACGCUGUUGACGGCCUGUUGUUUUCCAAAAUGGCGGGACCAAAAUCUACCAGAUCUACAAGCUUAGUUUUAUUAAUAUAUACCCCCACAAAAAAACCCCAAAAAUAGGAGAUCCUCCUCAGACUGGAUUUGAAGAGAAGGACUUUACACUGAGAUUAGGUGAGAACAGAAAUCAAAGAAUGGCCCCAAAGGGGUAGAACUCUUGAGAGGCCAUCUCAGUUGAGUUAAGAUGUAAGCUCACACAGAGGCUUCUUCUUUUUUUCCUCUUCUUCUUCAGUGGACAGAUUAAGAGCUUUUGUUCUGGUUUACCUGUUGGCACCUGUGCAGACGCGGCGUUACCAGAGAAGUGACAGUUUACUGUUAAAUGUAUAAUUUAGAAUAAAAAAAUAAAAUCAGAAUCUCUUCCAUUGUGUCUUGCAAGAGGGUUCAUCUUUGUUUGAGAAUAACAUAGGUUAACAAAACUAGCUUCUCAUAGUUUUUGACAUGGCAUUAGAAAAAGUAUUUGUUGAAUAGCCUAGUUAAAUUGACUCCAAGUGGUCUUGGUAACCAAAUAUUUAUCUUAAGACAACAUGAUAUCACGGUCAGUUGUCAUUAGCAACAAAAACGUCCAACCUUAUUUGUCAUCAUCUGGAUUCAUCAGUGUAUUGGUUUUUGUUUUGAUUUUUUUAAUUAACAAGACGUAUAUUUGAUGCCUAUAAUUUGUUUGAAUGUUUUUAUUUUCCUUUUAAGCCCUAUAUCCAGGAUACAAAUUGAGAUAUUCCUGAUUUUUUUUAAAGGCAAAAAAUGAAUAAAUGUGCUUCCCUUGUACCGUGAAGAAAGAAAUAAACAACAAUAAAUAUAUAUGCACUAUG